AUGGAGCAUGACAUGGAUCCCCCGAUAGAUCCUCCUCGCGAUGUCAUCUGGAGCGCCGGCAACCAUGAGCGAUGCUAUACGCUUGGAGACAAAUGGUUCGUCAAGAGACAGCUAUAUGACGAAGAGCUACCCGUCAGCCGCGAUGGACGGCUCAUCUAUCCGAUCUGGGACUCGGAGCGCCUUCGCAAUGGGUACCUAGCGACCAGGUUCAUCCGAGUGCACACGGACAUUCCUGUGCAAGACUGUCGCUUAUUCUUGGAGAAUGGACUAAUGUGCUUUGCCUCGAGACAGGUCCUCGACGCGGUCCCGUUGGAAGAUGUCCGGCCAACACUCCCGCUCGCGGCCUUGACCGCUGUCGAGCGGCAGAUGGAGCGCUUCAUACUGCCGCAGCUUCGGCAGCACCACCGCAGCUACAUCGGCAGCGUCGGCAGCACGAUUCCGGUAUUUCCGCCCCAGCGCGUCUACAGAAAAGACGGCCGCGACUGGGCACAGGUGUCAUCGGUGGCAGACGCAUUUGUGCUCUGCCACAACGACCUCUCGGGCAAGAAUAUCUGGCUAGACCCCACCUCUUUCAGAAUCGUGGCCAUUACCGGCUGGGAGUUUGCGGGUUACUCCCCAGAAUCCUUUGAGCUUCCGCUGUGGAGGGCGGAUGGCUUCGUGGGCCGACAGGAGAUGCAUGGCCGUGCACUGGCGCGCGACCUGUCAUUUUUCGGGCUCCGGCCGUCGGAUUUGCGAAACAACUAUCCAAUCUCAUACCGAAGGUUGGGAUGA